CCCUGUGCAGUUCGGGCGGGGAGGGGCGGUGCAGGGACGGACCAGCGCCCCGCCGGGCUGCUCCGUGCUGCUCCGCUGUCCCGGGCUGGAGAGGAAGGAUGGGUCUGGGGCCUGGAAGUGCCCGAGUCCCGCGCGCACCCCAGCUCUGGGCCCCGAUUUCCUGCACCACCAGCACCCUGCCCGGCUCAGCGGGAGGGCAGCAGGCCAGGGCAGCGAAAUCGGGGGCGGGUGUGUGUGUGGGACCGUUGGAGAGUCGCCUGCACGGCCCCUCCUGAGCCAACUGGUGGUUCUGAGUUUCCCAUUUGUGUCUGCUCCCGGAGUAGAUGUGCUUCUGGGGGCAGGAACUCCAGUGCUGGCUAUAGACAGACUCAAAAUUGGCCGAGCAGCUGGUGGUUUGGGGACUUCCCAUCAGGGGAGUUCAUUUCCGAACUGCAACCUGACCCAGUGUGGGUAUCUAGGCUUGAGGAGGCUCCCGGAAGAUGGAGUCCACACCUCCCCAUGGCCAGGUGACCUCUCUGUUGGAGGCUCUCUAGGCCUCUUGAGGUGGUCCCCAAGGUGUGGAAUGCGGAAACUCACAGAGAAGGACCUGGAGGUUGUGAGUGGACGGGGCCCCAGGUGCCCCUUCAGGUGGCAGGGCUGAGACCUCACCAGCACUGACUGAUGCAGUAGGAGGCCUGCUGGGAUGGAGAGCAGCCUGGCUGGCACCAUCUCAGGAGAUGGGCUGGCAAGGAUCAAGCAGGAGAAGUCGGAGUGGCAGUCGCAGACUGCGGCGCCUCAGGCCGCGCUCCCGGAGAAGGACAAGGAAAACAUAUGUCAGCAGCAGGGCGGCCUCCCUCCAGGUCAGACCGCGGGGCGGCCCUGGGCUCUGGGGUCCCAGGAGGAGACUGGGGGUGCACGGUGGGCGCCGCCUCCUGAGCAGGAUGCACGGCCGGCCGCUCGAGUUCCGGGGACCGCUGCAGGGCCCCUGAGCCCCGCACUCCCCGCGGGCGGGGGUCACUUCGUGUGUGUGGAUUGUGGGAAGAGGUUCAGCUGGUGGUCAUCCCUGAAGAUCCACCAGCGCACGCACACGGGCGAGAAGCCUUACCUCUGCGGCAAGUGUGGCAAGAGCUUCAGCCAGAAGCCCAACCUGGUACGCCACCAGCGCCACCACACCGGCGAGAGGCCCUUCUGCUGCCAGGAGUGCACGCGGCGCUUCAGUCAGAAGCAGCACCUGCUCAAGCACCAGAAGACCCACUCCCAGCCCGCCACCCACACCUGCCCCGAAUGCGAGCGCUGCUUCCGGCACCAAGUGGGCCUCCGCAUCCACCAGCGAGCGCAUGCCCGAGAGCGCCUGGGCGCCCGCGACGGCUUGCCCGAGGUGCUGCGGCCUGCCGCUGCUCGCCCCCGGGCCUGUGGCCCGCGCUCGGCAUCCCCACGCGGGCGCCCUGAGUGGGUCUGGCUGGGGCUCUGCCAGGGUUGGUGGGGCCAGCAUGGGGUCCGGACGACAACCCACAGCCGCUUGGGUGCCAGCGAGCAGCGCCAGUUCAUCUGCAACGAGUGUGGCAAGAGCUUCACGUGGUGGUCAUCGCUGAACAUCCACCAGCGCAUCCACACGGGCGAGCGGCCCUACGCCUGCCCGGACUGCGGCCGCCGCUUCAGCCAGAAGCCCAACCUUACGCGGCACCUGCGCAACCACACGGGCGAGCGGCCGCACCCUUGCCCGCACUGCGGCCGCAGCUUCCGCCAGAAGCAGCACCUGCUCAAGCACCUGCGCACGCACCUGCCCGGUGCCCAGGCCGCGAGGUGUACCAGCUGUGGCCAGGACUGCCCCAGCCGUGCGGCACUGCGGGCUCACCAGCGUGUGCAUGCCGCUGCGGAGCUGCUGCGCUCGCGGUCUGCGGGCCAGGGUGGCGUGCCUAGCCCUGAGUCACAAGCUGAGGCUGGCCAGAGUGUGGCUGUGACGCCCCAAGGCCCCCAGGGUGCCAAGGGAAUGCUGCGCCGCCAGGGGUGCGAGCCCGCGGCUGCGUCCAGCGAGCAGCGCCAGUUCAUCUGCAACGAGUGCGGCAAGAGCUUCUCGUGGUGGUCGGCGCUCACCAUCCACCAGCGCAUCCACACGGGCGAGCGGCCCUACGCCUGCCCAGACUGCGGCCGCCGCUUCAGCCAGAAGCCCAAUCUCACGCGGCACCUGCGCAACCACACGGGCGAGAGACCCUACCUGUGCACGGCCUGUGGCCGUGGCUUCCGGCAGAAGCAGCACCUGCUCAAGCACGAGCGUGUGCACGGUGGAGCGCGGGCACCGCACCCUGGCCCGGAGGAGGAAGAGCGAGCCCCUUGCAGCUAACAGUGGUGGUGGGUGGAGCGUGUGCCUGCAGGGUGUUGAUGGGGAACUGGAGGGCCUGGAAGGCUGACUCCGUGCUCCCCGAGGUAGGCUCCUCGAGGCUCUGAGGCCUGAGGAUAGCGUACUAGAAAACAUCUCGAAGGAAGCCUGGAAAGUGCCUAGUGGGGAGGUGAGGUCAAAGCCGCAGUGUCUGAGAUGGUCUCUGUUUACUACACCGUUCAGAAUGGGCCCCCAGCCUCAGGCAUCUAGUGAGGGGCUGCUGGGGGCCCUAGGAAAGCCACCUCGUGUGAAAUGGCCUGGAACUGAUCAGUGGUGGUGCUGACCUGCCACACAGGCUACAAGAUGGUCAGCGCUGUGGUCCGGGUGGGAAGGUGGUCACCGACUCCAGGAUACCAAUAGAACAAGGGCUGUGGCUAAGAAGGGGUUAAUGAUUUCCCCAGCACCAAGGACAGUGCCACCCACGGAGGUGCUGGAGGGUUUUGAUGGUCUCCAUCGGAGUGUCACCGCUCCAGCUGCUGGGACUGGCAAUGUGUAUGAUGGUUAGGGUUGGGUGCAGCCAGGCACUCGCACCCAUAGCUUGGCUGCUUGGGGCAGCAUCUGUGCCAAGUGUGUGGGCUUCUGUGACUGACUUGGGUCCCUACCUACACUGGUGUUGGAGAAGAAUGAAGGACUGAACAUUC